CUCUCACAACAGUUUUCUGAAUUAUCACUUCCUGUUGAAACUAGAGCUUAAUCUUUCAAUGAAGUAUGUGGCCAUGGAAUUGAAGCCAGUGGUUCUGGGGCAGAAGUGAAGGCUGGUGCUGCUUGUGUGCCCUGAGGAGAAGCAGUAAGAUCAAGAGUGCAGCCUCUGGAGCCAGACUCCCUGUAUCUCAGAUUGGUUCUGUCACCCAGAAAAUGGAUUCUACAUCUCUGUUCCCGACAUUUUUAGAUGUGGAUCUAACAGUUUCACAUAUUGAGUGUCUUCCCAAGAAUAUUCUGGUGAAAUUUCAAGGCAGAAAUAAUAGCGAAUGUGAGUUUGACUACCACAUAUUGCAGAGGGAAAUUCAACAUAUUCCAAAAGUAAAAAAUAAUGUGAACAUUGAUGAAUUUUGUUUGGUAGAAGAAAGAGCAACUGGAGAAUGGCAGAGAGGAAGAGUUGUAGACAAGAAAAAUGAACUGUACACGGUACUCCUCAUUGAUCGUGGAGAAGAACUAAGAGUUGAUGGGAUGCAUGUUGCUUCAGCAUGUGAUAAUUUAUUUGAUCUACCACCCCGGGUAGUAUUUGGAAUUUUUGCCAAUAUACUUCCACUUGGGGAAAAAUGGUGUCCUAAGGCUUUGAAUUAUUUUAAGUCAUUAGUAGGAAUACAACUGAAAGGUUAUGUACAAGCUAUUUUGCCUUUGCAAAUGAUUCUUCUUGAAGUGCCAAAAGUUAUAUCCCAGGCUCUUGAAUUCCAAUUAGGAAGAUUUAUUGAUGGAGAUUCAUUUCGUCUUAUUGUGGAAAUGUUAAAAGAAUUCCCUCAACAAAUGCCAGAUUUAUUACAACAUAAAGAAUCUGAAUUGCCAUUAAGUAAUAAUGAUACUUUACUUGAUGUUCAACAUAUUCUGGAUAAUUUGCAGCCAUCUUUGUCAGUAGGAAGCUUUGAAAGUGUAAAGGUAUCAUCAGCAUUGAGCCCAAGUAAAUUUUAUUGUCAGUUAAUUAAAUGGAUACCAGAGCUAGAAAACUUGACAGUGUGUAUGACUUUGCAUUAUGAUAUUAUCAGUCAAGAAACUAGUCCCACAUGUGAUAAUUUUGGACUACUUUGUGUUGCCAAAAGGAGAAAUGGACAAUGGCAUAGAGGAAUUCUUCAACAACUCUUGCCCAACAAUCAAGUAAAAAUUUGGUUUAUGGAUUAUGGCAGUAGUGAGGCUAUACCCUCAAUUCAUGUAAAGAAGCUGAAACAGGAUUUUAUUUUAGUACCAUUAUUUUCAUUUCCAUGUUCUCUGACAUAUUUACGCAGUCCAGAUAGAGAUGCAAGAAAACUUCAACUGAGUGUAUUUAAACAAGCCUUAUUAGGACAAAUAGUAUAUGCACACAUUGAUUGCUUUAAUAAGGAUGAGCAUUUGUAUUACAUAACAUUACAAACUCAAGAGUCUACACUUAAUUCUAAAUGUCUGCUGAAGACUGUAGACACACAAGUAUCUUGUCCAGUGUCUGAUUCAAAAAUCUCCAACAUUUUGAGUGAGACAAGUGCUUCUGAUGUAAACAGCUCUGCAAUUGAAGGUUUUAUUGGAAAUAUUGAACAGUCAGUACACUGUCUAAAUAAAAGAGACAUUUUAAAAGUAGGUUUUCAUAUUAAAACUGUAGAAAUGGAGAUGGAGGCUGCCUACGUAGCUUUUGUAGCAUAUGUAUUAAACCCAUCAAAUUUUUGGGUGCGCACUAAUGCCCAUCAGAAUGAAUUUCAAUAUAUAAUGAAAAAUAUAAACAAAUUUUAUGAUUUGUGUGAAAAUGAUGAACUAAUUCUAAGAAAUCCCGAACCUGGUUUAUUUUGUUGUGCUAGAUACAGCAAGGACAGAUGUUUUUACAGAGCCGUCAUAACUGAAAUUAAUGGUUAUGAGAUUAAUGUGUAUUUUUUGGAUUAUGGAAAUACUGAUUCCAUACCAUUUUUUGAUGUAAAAAUUUUGCUUCCAGAAUUUUGUGAGUUGCCUGCCUUAGCCAUGUGCUGUUCACUUGCACAUAUAUUUCCUGUUGAAGAUUUAUGGGUAAAGGCAGCAAUUGAUUAUUUUAAAAAAAUUGUUUUGAACAAAGAAAUUUUGCUUCAAGUUAUAGCAAAAAAAGAUGACAAGUACACUGUAAAUAUUCAGAGUAUUGAAACCUCAGAAAACACUGAUGUUGUCUCUCUUAUGUUACAAGCCGGAUAUGCGGAAUAUUGGGAAGUAGAACCAGAAUGUUUUCCAAAAUCUGUAAGUGAAUGUUCUGUUUUAAAUUUAAAAUCUAAAGACAAAGCCAAUAUUCAGAAAGUUGUAUCUGCCCUUCUUGAAGGACCUAAGUCUAAAAAACACCAUUCAAAUAAGCUGGAAGAAAAUCACUCACCUUUGUCUGUGUCACCAACUGUUAAUUUCUCAGAUUUAAAAAAUUCUUUUACCUUGUCUGUGGGACCUAGAUCAUCAUGGACUUAUAAGGAAUAUAUGUUUAAACCAGGAACAGUUCUUGAAGUUAAAUGCUCUUAUUACUAUGGCCCAGGUGAUUUUUCAUGUCAACUACAAUGUAAGUUAGAAGACCUAAAAUUACUGAUGGAACAAAUACAGAAUUAUUAUAGCAUUCAUUCUGAUCCUUAUCAGAUUGGGCAGAUUGCUUGUGUUGCUAAGUAUUCCAAAGAUGGGAAGUGGUAUAGAGCUGCUAUUUUGACUCAUGUAUCAAAAAAAGAAGUUGAUAUAAUAUUUGUUGACUAUGGUUACCAAGAAAGAGUUUUAAUUAAAGAUCUUUGUGCAAUUAAUCCACAUUUUCUUUUUUUAGAAGGUCAAGCCUUCAGAUGUUGUCUUAACUGUUUAGUUGAACCCAUUAGUUGUAAAUUAUUUAGUUGGACAAGAGAAGCAUGCAGAGACUUUGGAAAUUUUAUUAUUUCAUCUAAAGGAUUAUUGACUUGUAUUAUCUAUGCUUUAGUUCUUAAACAUCCAAACUGUUUAUGUAAUUUAGUGGAUUUAAAAUCCUCAUUUACUAGUGCAAAAGAAUUUUUUAAUUGUGACUCUGCACAGUAUAGCAUGUUAUCAAAACCACUCUCAUCUUCAGUUAGUCUUUACAGUUUCUAUUAUUCUUCCUUUAACAUAAACAUUGGAAGUGAAGAAGACAAAUGA